AUGUCUGAAUUCUGCUCCAGCCUCUGGAUACCAAUGACUUCAUGUCUCCUUCAUCCGAGCCUAGAGACGCCACGUUCGUCGGAAGAAGUCCAUGGCUGCGUUGGAGGCGUAGGCUGCACCAACAGGGGCAGGCAGUCUGGUUGCCGUCUGCACAGCCUCGCCCUCCCGGAGCGCCAUCUGGUGCUCGGUUCACUCGUCCUCCUCAGCAGUAUCAUCCUAAUUGUGCUACAGAUCAACAUCGGCCUAGUCAGCCCCGUUUUGCCGCAACAGGAAAUCGCCUAUAUGGUCGGUGUGCCCAGCUGCUUCACCGGUUGUCUUGUCCUGCUCACAGUACUUUUCUCCAAACCAACAUUGCUCAUCUUCUCGCUACUUUCGGAGGCCAUUGUGAUGUGUAUCUCUGUGAUCAGUGGCAUCCUGCUUGUGGUGAAGCAAGCUCCGCUGCAUGAAGCGGUCGGCUUGCUUUGUCUAAUCACAGUAUUCCUGCAGCUGAUGCACGCCGGCUUCUCGUGCUACGAACUGUGCCAGAGCGAGGAAGACCGUGAUUCGGGCGAGUUAUAUGGUUGCGGUGCGGAAGAGGGGAUGAGUGAGGAGGCAGCAACCAGAGAGCAGGGAGCAUGCUCGAGGAUAUGCCACUGCUGUACCAACUCGGCUUACCAGCCCAGACGUCGUCGGCAGGUUGGGGAGGCGGCAGCUAGCAGAUACCGGUCUGCCUCCUUACGCCUCUGCUCGGAGCCCGUAGAGCCGCCGUCCUAUGCUUCUGCAUUCGAGUUUGCCCAACACCGUGAGACAUUGAGCCCCAUCGAGACGAUGACUCGGGCGGCCGGAAAACCGGCAGAAGAGCCUCGACCACAAUCGCCUCCAUCGUUCGCAGCGGUCACUUUGGCCCUGUCUCGUCUGUCCAGCCGACGGUUGAGACAUCGAAGGAAUGGCCCCCGGAAACAGACGCCUCCAGAGAGACUUACCUUAAUCUCAAACUUUCGAGCAUCGGUUGCAGCCAAUGUAGCACCGAUCUCGUCUCAAGCCGGAACAUUUGGCUAUCGGUGCUAUACCAUUUCAAGUGGUGUACUAGUGGAUACUGGCUCUGGAUCUCACCUAACCAACCUUCCGACAUCGCAUCAGCCUAACUUGGAUGAUCAACUUUGCCCACUUCCACGAUCAAAACGUGAUGGCCAACCGCGAAAAAAUAACACUUUGCUGGCUAAUGGUAUCCUAAUGAUGCCAUUAAACUGGGACAAACCACGCAGAUCAAGACUACUCAACCAAGUAGAACCGAUGAGACAUAGUUCCAGACGCUGUCUGUCAGAAUCAGAUCUUUCCUAUGUGAAUGGGACUCAAAUCAUUCGACUGACUGCAGGAUCGUCUGAAGGCAACCUACGAGAGACGCAAAUUAGGUUUGGAAUCAGUUCUCCGAUGCCGCCUGAGUCGCUUGCACCUCCACCGUACAAGUUUGAAAAUUUGAGCAGAGAUCUGUGA